UGUAAAUCAUGUCCUGAGUUCCUUUCAGCUGGGCAGAUGCAAGCCUAAUAGAUACACUGUGUGUCACAUCACCAAAGCAUCUGAAAUACAGAGGGAACCAGCUGCUCCAGCCGAAGUUCGCUCAGGACACACAGACGCCUGACUAUGCAGUCCACCACAGCCCAGCCGCAUCUUGCCAAUGUGACCUCUAUCGUCCCUGAACACAACAACAGCGCCACUCACCUCCAGAAGGAGGCCUAUCUGCAUAAGCUGGCGCACCUGGAUGAGUCUCUGUACAAUGAGUACUACAGUCUGUGGCUGGCCCUGAUGAUCAUUAACCUCCUCAUGUUUGUGGUGGGCGUGGUGCUCAACAGUAUCGCGUUGUACGUCUUCUGCUUCCGCACCAAGACCAAGACCACGUCGGUCAUUUACACCAUCAACCUGGCGAUCACUGACCUGAUGGUGGGCUUCUCCCUGCCAACGAGAAUCGUCAUGUACUACAGCGGAGGCAACUGCCUGACCUGCUCCUUUGUGCACAUCUUCAGCUAUUUUGUGAACAUGUACUGCAGCAUCCUGUUCCUCACCUGCAUCUGCGUGGACAGAUACCUGGCCAUAGUCCAAGUGGAAGCCUCGCGCAAGUGGAGGAACCCUCACUAUGCCAAAGGCAUCUCUGUUUUUAUCUGGCUCUUUGCCAUUGUAGUCACCUACUCCAUACUGACCACUGCAAUCAAGUACGCCUCCUGCUGCCUCUCCAAGUUCUUCGCCCUGACCAUGUUCGAGUACUUCUUACCUCUGGUUGUCAUCACAGUCUUUACCAUCAGGAUCAUGUGCGCUCUGGCCAAGCCCAACCUGAUGCAUCAGAGCCGGGAGAGGCGCAUGAGAGCGGUCCAGCUCCUGCUCACCGUCCUGCUCAUCUUCAUGAUCUGCUUCACUCCCUUUCACGUCCGGCAGGUCAUGAGCUACGUCAAGCCGGACAUCCCCCGCCACAUCAGCCUGAUCGUGUACCACGUCACAGUCACCCUGAGCAGCCUCAACAGCUGCCUGGACCCCGUGGUCUACUGCUUCGUCACCAACAACUUUCAGUCCACCAUGAGGAGCAUCUUCUUCAAGGCUGAGCUGGAGCAAACCAGCGGAGAUAUCAUGAGCGCCCAGAAGAACUCCAAGGCAUCGGUGCCGGCAUCAACAAUUGCGAGCCUGACAGUGAACGGCCCUGCAAUGAACAGUGAGCAGUGAAGGCAUGAGGGGAAUGGUGAGAAGGAGAAGUAAUGUCAGAGAGAGAGAAUAAAAUUGGGUUUGCUAGGCAUGUUUUGUGUUUCAGUGCAAGAUCACGCUGCGAGAUUUGAGGCAAGGUUAGCUCAUGAUCUAUUUAUGCAGACAAGAACAACUGCAGAAGACCUGGCCUCAUGUUUAGCUUCAUUAGCUGAAAGCCAACCCGGUGUUUGCAGAUGGAGACAGGUCAAACAAUGAAUGCCUUGAUGCCUCUGGUUUAUAAGAUCUCGGGCCCCCAGCCAAUGUGCAAUGGAAAAUUCUUGUUCCCCUUGUAAAUACCACAAUCCAGGUUGAAUGAGUGCCACAAGUUUGCAGGCCCAUCCAUUCUUGCUUCCCACACUCAAGUGUGGUGUGUAGGUGCGUGCGCCACCUGUAUAAAAAUGUGGAACGUAUUUUCAUAGAAUAGUAGGGGCAGAAAUCUGCGAUAUUCCUUAAGACGAGGUAUCUAUUAAGGAAUCACCACAAAUUUCUUAUAACACAGAAAGAGGCCAUCGUGCCUUUGUCCAUCUCUCUCCGAAGAAGCUUUCUCUCUUAUUUAUUCAUUUCAAACAUUUUACCACAAAUUCAUAAAGUUCUCUGGGUUCACAAGCAAUGAUCACAUGGCUUGGUGCAGACAGGAGGAGUGUGUGUGGCUAUAAGGCAAUACACUUGUCAGCCUGACUCAGU